UUGUAAUUUAAAAAAAAAAUAAUUAAGUCGAGAACCCCACUAGUUUGAGUCUAGUUAGGRAUUUCCUAGCAGUUAUCUUCUGGGUCCCACGGAAUUAGUCGAGCAUUCAUGCAUCUUGGUACUGAGCUUGUGUUUGGUCCUGAUUCAUUAACAUGUUCGAGUUCGCUUUGGUUUGUUGUCAKAUGCUCAAGUCCAUGAAAGUCGAGAAGCUAGUCGUAUCUGCCAUCCCGAGCGUAGUUGAGACAUGGACCGAGGGGUUCGGUUUCUCACCAUUGGAAGCCGAUGAGAAGAAGAGUCUCGACAAAACCAAUCUCAUGGUGUUCCCAGGAACAGUAUGGCUCAAAAAGCCCAUGUACCAGGGGUCAUCAAUCCAGAGCAAGCACUUUCAUGGUGCUGCAUCAGAAGCCGAAAACCUGAACUUUGAAGAAACUACUUCUCCUCUGGAUACGGUGCCGAGAUUCUUGCAAGAGGAUGGAGACCGAGAUGAUAACUUGGUAGAACAAGUUUCAAAGCUUUCRUGUGUGCCAAAGAUGGAAGGAAGCUCAGCUGAAUCGGGUUGUGAUGGAACUUUGUCUGUAAUGUAUAAUGACAACGAACUUCCGUUAGCUGAACGGUYAGAAGAAGCGACUAAAGGUACAAACAAAUGAGCGAUGAAGUUGUAUACAUGUUUGAGAGCAAAACAUAAUUUCCGGUAUCUUUUGGUUCAGGCUCUAAAAGAUGCUCCAUUGUCCUCGGAAGAUUUGGUUUCAUGAUCGCAUAGUUAUCUUUAUAAAAUCACCCAACUGUCCUUCACUUCGAUUAUAUAAUUAUCUAAUACU